GCGCGCUGCAAUGCCUCCGGUGCUUCUCUCUGCGCCAGCGACCUAUGUACAUAAUGUCUUUGCUGCAUCUGCCACGGCAUGUCCGGUGUAAAUAUGUCCCUUACUCGAGCCCUCUUCAACACUACGCCUAGUGCCACGACUACAGUCCCCACAGCCUCGCCUGUCACUGCGCCUGUCACGGCUGCAUUCCACGUCGUGUGUGCCUGGCCCGUCUCGUCAAACUACGGCGCUGGCUCGCGCAUCCUCUACUACGUCCUCGUUGCUGCAUGUGUCGCUUUUCGCAAAGCUGAAUGGCUGCGCAACACCUGCUUGGCCGCCGUCCUCAUCCUCCCAGCCGUCUCGUCCAUCCAGGGCAUCGCCCUCGCCUCUUCGCAUCGAGAUGGGGGCAUUGACCUCGACAUCUUCGGCGCCUUCCAGUUCUGCGCAAUCGGAAUCUUGGCCGCUCCCCUCACCGUGCGGCUGUCGCGCACCUACUUUUAUACGCCAGGAAGAAACAUAAUCUUCAUGUGGACCAUACUGGUGCUCAUGGGCCUAUUGGCGCUUUGUGUCGAGUUUUACCGCGUCACGCCCACGGACUGCAGCGUAAACUUUGAUAUCAACGCCCACCGAGGAAGCGCCGACUUCUUAAAACAACAACCCAAGUGCAACAUAACAUGCUCAGAAGCACUGGGCCCACACUCUCCCUUGCGGGGCGGAGCAGCAGCCGACGUCUUUGUCAUUCCCGUGCCACAUGUUUUGACCUUUAAUGCGGCAAUGCUCUUGGCUGCAGGGUUCUGUAUACCAGGGAUCCUGUCCUUGAUCUUUACCUGGGACAAGGUCCUAGAGGCAAACUGGAAGAGACGGCGCCCUGUGGAAGAGCUGGAUGCUCGCAUCCAAGGCGCAAACAUGACGGUUGGAGAGAUGAGAAAUAUCAACGAUCUUGUGCGCUCGUUUCUCACCGUCAUUGAGAUUCCGCUUUUUGGUGGUGUCAUCCUGACCAUCAUUGCGAUCGGAGAAGCAAACUUCUUCAGCCCUCAGAUGAUGUACAUGACUGAGCCUCAGGCUUCUUUUGGGCAGUGGUCACCCAUAGCCGGUACAAUUUUCGCCGCCUUUGGAUCCCUGUAUCUGCUUUGGGCAGCCGGCGACGAAGAGGAUCUCGACGAAAAGCGUAACACACCAUGCGAGCCUUCGAAUUUGUCGUGUCACAGCCGUGGUAGCGGCCGAUGUGCGUCUCCGCAAUCUCCACGCCCUCAGCCGCAGGCAAAUCCUGAAUCCAAUGCAAACCCACAGACGAAUGCUUUGGGCAUACGUUCAGAGUCUCCCUAUGACGUUUCCCUGAUUCCGACAAUUACGUAUCCAGACUCUGAUAGUGACCAUCUCAACGAGAUGACCUCGGAUGGCCAUCAAAGCGAUCACCCCACAGCCGGCCGACACAAGAUCCGCAAAUGGCUAACGGCUGCCGGCAACUAUCUCGGGGAUGCCGCACAGGAAAAGCUGGAUCGCGAACACAGCCGCACCGACGAAGCCACACGGGGUUUCCCAGAGAUCCCCGGCGAAGGCUUCCGCAACCCGGACCUGGAAAUCAUCAGCCGCAAUUUUGAUCGAAUGCGCGAGGCCAGAGCCGGGAGCACGUAUACUGCGAGUAUCCGGUCUGCGGUAGAUGAAGCGCAGCACCCAGAAGCUAGUCCUGCUCAGUCACCGAGACGGCGCGACACGUUGGAAGUACCAAAGGAAACUUAUCAGAGACGCGAUACCGGCUGAGGGCAUAUUCAGCGGGUAGCUGCAUGUACUAUUGAACAAUACCGCGUAUCUAAGCCGUCACUACAGCCCGAUCAGGCCUCACGGUCAAGUGCGAUGAACGCUAUAUCCAACGCCCACGGCCCAGAUGCCUUGAAUACUCGGACCAAAGUCAGUGCGAUAUUUCCUCGACCUCAUCGGCAUAGCACCAGCCCCAAAGCCAUCCACCCACCACUUACGCAUCGCGAUACUUCCUCAGCAACAGCCUUGCAUCCACCUCGCCAUUCAAGCCAGCAUUUCACCACACCAA